AUGUUUCGAACGUAUUUGAGCAGCUUUCUUGUCCUGGCAGCUGGACUGCAGAGCGUGUUAGCGCAAAGCUCUUCGACUGCAUGCAACAAUUCUCCGGAACUUUGCAGCCGACAGUACAACAACGUCACCUACCUUGGUGCCCGUAAUAGUCCCUUCCUUAGAGAUGACACGACCGACUUUUCAACGUCAGGGAAUCAGUUCUACAACACCACCAGACAGCUUGCUUCGGGUGUCCGUCUGUUGACUGGCCAAGUACAGUAUCCAAAUGGUACUAUUGAUCCUCAUGUCUGCCAUACUAGUUGUGAGCUGUUAGAUGCUGGCACGCUGAGUAGCUGGCUGUCCGAGAUCAAGACCUGGAUGGACAGCAACCCGAAUGACGUGGUGACGAUCCUGCUCGUCAAUGGAGCUGGAGCAACAGCCAGCGAACUGGCUUCUGCAUACACGAGAUCUGGUCUGUCAGACUAUGCGUACAUGCCAGCCUCUUCAGCAGCUACCACCACGUGGCCUACCCUCCAAGAACUCAUCAGCAACGGUACAAGAGCGAUGAACUUUGUCGCCACCCUGGCCGACAACACUGGCGCCACUUACCUGAUGAACGAGUUCGAUUACAUCUUCGAGAACGACUAUGACAACAGUGAGGUCAGCGAUUUCUCCUGCGAUGUCAACAGACCUUCGAAUCUAGCCAACGACACAUCCACGGCAAUCUCGUCUGGAUACAUGCCUCUAAUGAACCACUUCCUUUAUGAGAAUCAGCUUUUUGGAAUCCAGUCACCUAAUGAGUCGUAUGCGAACGUGACGAAUGGCGCCAGCGGUGCAGGCAACCUCGCUUCAGCUGCUGCGACGUGUGCUUCGACGUACGGCAAGGCACCGAACUUCUUGCUUGUUGACUUUACCAACAUGGGUCCUGCGAUAGACACCGUUGACAGCCUCAACGGUGUCUCCAAUCCAACCGGGAGGACGACGCUCCCAACGGCGGCUUUGAGCGAGACAUCCGCCGCAGCAAUCUUGCUUCCUGGGUCAUCUUCGCUCUGGAUGAGUCUGGGUGCGGCCUUGCUUGUCGUGUUGUCGCUGUGA